AUGUCCGAACACGCUAUUAAAGCCCCAGCACGACAACUGGACGAGUUCGAAGAGCUCGUCUACGAGUAUACGAUUCGGAUGGGUCUAGGUAGCGAGGAGGUUCGUUCCGACGAGCGACUAGCUUCGCGACAAACCACUAAUCUCCGACUCAAAUCACUGACUAUUCUCCAGCACUGGGAUUUUGAUGCGCGAAGCUGCAAUCUACGCUUUGAAUCCGCAACGCGCGGCCCGCCUGCCAGAGUCUCCUUCCUCAUCAACAUCACCCCAGCUCUGAGCAACUAUAUGGGCAACUUGCACGGCGGCUGCGCCGCCACUUUGAUUGAUGUUCUUUCCACUACGAUUCUCUUGGGUGUCUCGGAGCCCGGCAAGUUCGCACUUGGUGGUGUGAGCCGCAAUCUGAAGGUGACCUAUCUGCGCCCUGUUCCGACGGGUAUAGAGGCACGGAUCGUGUGUGAAGUGAUACAUGUCGGAAAACGGCUGGCACUGCUGCGCGCAGAGAUUCAGAGGGCAGAGUCUGGGGAUACAUGCGUUGUCGGGGAGCAUGAGAAGGCAAAUACAGACCCAGAGAUGGAUCAGAGGAUUUAA